UACACUACGCUCCUCUCUGGAGAGAUGCCUUUAUUUGAACAAAACCUUUGAAUGUUCUCACGUUGACUGUAAAAAAGGUUGAAAAUAUAAUCCGGCUAUUUUUAUAAAAUGGUGUAAAAUAUUUACAGGAAAUCUACACACCCCUCAGUGCGUCACACAAAGCACUGUGUGCCGUGUCCAUAGAAGAAGAAGCCAUGUUCUGAUCAAUCUUGUAAGUUAUAUUCGAAAUAAUAAUCGAUUGUACAUGUAUAUGAGUGUUGGUUGAAGAUGUCUGCCACCCACAUGUCGAACGAAGGGUUUCAAAUUCAGUUCGCCUCUGUUAUGGAGAGUGUAUUGAAUACUGCAGUCACCGAGACAAUUCAACUUUUCGAAACAAUUAUUGAGGAACUGCGAGCCGAAAUAUCCAGAAUAAAAAAAGAGAACAAGGACCUCAAAUCGAGUUGUCGAUCCCAUGAAAUAACGAAGAGAUGGACCGGUGAAAGUGAACGCCAAAACCACAGAGCCCAGACCGAGUCAAAGUGCUACACGUAUCGUAAAAUGUGACAUCGGCGUUCAAUGCGGUGAGGUGAAAACGUUAUCCACUUUCUGACAAAGCAGGCUUUACCUCGGGCUGGGGAGCAGCACCUGCGGGAGGAGGACCAGGGGACUGAGCUGCACUGUGGAGCGUAUGACGAGGAGGGCAACCCACAGAUGGCCUUUGUUCUGAUCAAACAGGAGGUGGACUGGGAGGCAGACUAUUCUGAUGACUACUCCCCUGGGUACAUACUGCUGAAGAAGGAGGGGGGCAGGCCCCCGACUCUGGUCCGCAGACAACCUCUCAGAGACUUAACAGGCAGAGCCCUGGUCCCUCCUGGAGCCGUCCGGGCCCUGAUCAACCGUUACACCCAGGAAAGGCCUCCCACCACCCAGUCUACCUCAGGAGCCGCAGCGGCCGUCUUCCAGGGAGAUCCAGACACCCAGGAGGCCCCCCAGGCUCUCAGCCCAUCCCAGCCCAGGACCAGAGAGGUUACCAGUGGUAGUGCAGGCCAGGCCCCUGGAGCAGAACAGCAGUCACUGGUAAUACCAGCAGCAGAGUCUCCAUCAACAUUACACCAGACAGCAUCUCCUCAAUCAGCAGCCACUAUCCAGUCUACAUCACCUGUCCUGUCUGCUGUAUUGGUCCAGUCCACGGUAACUACUCUGUCAAAAGAAACUGUCCAGUCGACCGUAACGGUGAAGUCGACAGCAGCAGCGUCAGAGCGCCUGCCACCUGUCCUCUCUGGGUUACCCAGAACCCCUCUUCAGGAUACACAGCCCAGCCCCGUACCCCCUCGUCCACCCCAAUCAUCACCAUCGCAGUCCUUCACAGACGUUCUACCUGUAGCUCGUCCAAUAGCAGUGCCCUCAACACAACCAGCUAGGCCUACAGCUGUACCUGAUGGACCACCGGCCGCACCACCAACACAACCGCUACCGCCUACAGUUUUGGAGCAGUUGGGUGUUGCCACGGCAACAUCGCUAACACCACCGGUCCAGUCCGCUCCUUCUCCAACUGUGUUGACAGAACCUGCCAGCCCCCCUGAGAAGCAGGGGUCGUUGGUCACUGAUCAUGUGCAACGCUCCCCCACUGCCACGACCGAAGUCACCUGCUGUCCCAAAGAGGAUGUCUGAUGAAGCUCCUCCUCGGCUGUCAGACCCUGCUGUAAUUACACCCUCACCCUCUUGCCCCUUUCAAAUGUCUAAGACACAGUUUUUAGCACAUUUGUCAGUAGUACCCAAAGUACGCGCCCUGCCGUGGUUGGAGGAAGAGGAGGAGGAAAAAGGGGGGAGAGGAAGAUGAAGGGCAGGAAGAUGAGGGAGGGCUUUCUUCCCUCCCUGCCACGUCUACGGAAGAUGUGACAACCAGGUCUGUCGCUACGGAGACGACCCCUGCCGGCGAGAAAAAGGAGGAGAUUGUUGACCAGGUAGGUGGUGGCAGAAAGUCAACGUGAAGCGCUCCUCUCUGGUCUCCGCCUCCGCUUAAGGCCCUGCCCCCAGCACAGUACUCCAUCUCCAGUGGUUGCUAAGAAACCCAGAGAAGAGAGAACCGCCCCUCUAGACCACGACUACUCAAAGGUGAUGCAGAACAGAGGAGGAAAAGUCCAGGGAAUCACACGUUGACCAGGAUAUAGUAGAGGACACAGCUAACGGUGAGAUGGCUGACGACAAGUCUAGUGGACAAGGAAGUAGUAACCACAUCAUCAGUGAGGAAGAGGGAGGAGCUAACACUGAUGUGACCUCUCCGACCAGACAGUCACCUAUUGUUGGAGGUGUGUCCAAAUCCAAGAAGAGAAGCAUGACCUGGGUGCAGGCUCAGAGACUAUUGGCGCUAGCCCAGGCUAAGAGGAGUAGGUCAAAGGUCACCAAGGCCUCACAGAGAGGUCAGAGCUAAGAGGUCUGGUCACACAGACACAGUUUCUGCCUUCUAACCCACAGCGCCGCCUGUUAUACAGCCCCAGCCCUCGCGCUGCCUCCACGUCUAGCCCACGCCGCACCAGCCCUCUCCAAGCUACGGGAGCGAACAUGAACCCUUCUCCUACCACCCCUCCUCACCCACAGACUCACUCCUUCAAGGUCACUUCCACCACCCCUCGCCGCUUAACACCUCGUUUGGUGGCUGCGGUGGCUUUACAUUUGAAACGGUCUCCCUCCACCCCUCAACCUAUUGCGUUCACCGGCAGCCUUCACUCUGGCUUCAAAAAGUCCCCCCAGAGCCCACUGAUGUUCCAGCAGGCGCGGCGUUACCUGCAAUCACAACCGAUGUGGUUGCCACCGGUUCCAUACCAGCUCCAACAGGCUCCCCAGGCUCCACCGAAACGUCUCGCCAAAAACCAGUGUGCCUACUGCGGUCGUGUCCUGAGCAGCACCGCUUCUUUAGAGAGUCAUGCCUCCCUCCACACGGGGAAGCGCCCGUUCGUCUGCUCAGCCUGCGGCAAGGACUUCCCCAUCCUCAAGGGCCUCAACCGCCACGCCUGCGUCCAUGGUGAUCAGCGGGGCCACCAGUGUCCGCAGUGCAGCAAGACCUUUGUCUACCGCGUCGGCCUGACUAAGCACGAGCAGAUGGUCCACAGCGGCGUGCGCCCGUUCAUCUGCCCGAUCUGUGACAAACGCUUCGUCAUCCGGCGCGACAUGGAGACGCAUCUCCGCGUUCACACUGGAGAGAAACCGUUUGCCUGCUCCCUCUGUGUGAAGCGGUUCAAGAGGCGUGUGGAGCUGAAUGUUCACCUGAGGUGGCACAACGGGGAGAAGAGACACUGGUGCUCGUACUGCGGGAAGGGCUUUCUGGAUUACAAUAAUCUGAAGAGGCACAAACUGGUCCACACUGGGGAGAAACCUUACAUCUGCUCUGAGUGUGGCAAGCACUUCAAACAGACUGGCCAUCUGAACAAACACCUGAAGACAAUACACAAAGACAGAUAGAGAGGACAGGGGACGAGCCAUUAAUGGCACCCUAUUCCCUAUAUAGUGCACUAUGCAGGCUCUGGUCAAAAGUAGUGCACUAUAUAAGAAUAGGGUGUAUAGAAGGGAAUAAUAGACAUUCUCCAUUUGUCCGUUCAAAACCCAGCUAUAUAGAUUUUAAUGGGAUAUUGUGUGUAGUUUGGUGAGAAAAAAAAUAAAUGGAAUCCUUUUUUAAUUCAAUCUUGAAUUCUCACAGUGAUUAAUGAUGCAGGGAUCUCAAUCUAUUCUCACAGUGAUUAAUGACGCAGGGAUCUCAAUCUAUUCUCACAGUGAUUAAUGACGCAGGGAUCUCAAUCUAUUCUCACAGUGAUUAAUGACGCAGGGAUCUCAAUCUAUUCUCACAGUGAUUAAUGAUGCAGGGAUCUCAAUCUAUUCUCACAGUGAUUAAUGAUGCAGGGAUCUCAAUCUAUUCUCACAGUGAUUAAUGAUGCAGGGAUCUCAAUCUAUUCUCACAGUGAUUAAUGACGCAGGGAUCUCAAUCUAUUCUCACAGUGAUUAAUGACGCAGGGAUCUCAAUCUAUUCUCACAGUGAUUAAUGAUGCAGGGAUCUCAAUCUAUUCUCACAGUGACCGGGAAGGACUUGUUAUUUUAUGUUUUUCUGUACUGAUUGAUUACAAGAGUCAACGCUUUGGUUGUGUAAACAUUUGGGGCUACUUUUGUUGUUUGAAAGGUUCAUGCUGCGAGAGAAUGACGUACCUAAGUGAUAGCGUAGUGUAAAAAAAGAACGAUGUAGCUAAGUGAUGACGUAGUGUAAAAAAAGAAUGACGUAGCUUUAGUGAUGACAUAGCAUAAAAAAAGAAUGACGUAGCUAAGUGAUGAUGUAGUGUAAAAAAAGGAAUGACGUAGCUUUAGUGAUGACAGAGCAUAAAAAAAGAACGACGUAGCUAAGUGAUGACGUAGUGUAAAAAAAGAACGACGUAGCUAAGUGAUGACGUAGUGCAAAAAAAUAACGACUUAGCUAAGUGAUGACGUAGUGUAAAAAAACAACGACGUAGCUAAGUGAUGACGUAGUGUAAAAAAAGAAUGACGUAGCUAAGUGAUGAUGUAGUGUAAAAAAAUAACGACUUAGCUAAGUGAUGACGUAGUGUAAAAAAACAACGACGUAGCUAAGUGAUGACGUAGUGUAAAAAAAGAAUGACGUAGCUAAGUGAUGAUGUAGUGUAAAAAAAGAACGACGUAGCUAAGUGAUGACGUAGUGUAAAAAAAGAACGACGUAGCUAAGUGAUGACGUAGUGUAAAAAAAGAACGACGUAGCUAAGUGAUGACGUAGUGUAAAAAAAGAACGACGUAGCUAAGUGAUGACGUAGUGUAAAAAAAGAACGACGUAGCUAAGUGAUGACGUAGUGUAAAAAAAGAAUGACGUAACUAAGUGAUGACGUAGUGUAAAAAAAGAACGACGUAGCUAAGUGAUGACGUAGUGUAAAAAAAGAACGACGUAGCUAAGUGAUGACAUAGUGUAAAAAAGGAGAAAUGUUGAAUUUACAUUUAUUGUAUUUAAAACAAAAUCUGAUUAUUUGUACAUUUUGUUUAUUAAGAAGUUGUUAUGCCGAAAAGCAAGGUUAUAUUUAGUUUUAUCGCGGUCACGAACAUUAUGGUUUUAUGGUCGACAGGUUUCAACUAGUUUCAUUUAAAUUUGUUUCAUGUUCUGUGCUAUCAUCGCACUUUGGAUCAAUGAUGUUCCUCAUGGUUGGUUUAAUGGAUCAUUUAUAGAAUGGUGUGGGCUGAUAGAUUUAGGCCUAGCCCUAAAAGAUAGCUUUAAGUUUAUUCUAGGGUUU